AUGGCUGCGGAUCUAAAUACCGUCACUCUUUUCCUCCUCCCCGAGAGGAUCACCCAGGCACAAUUCUUUGCCUCUCUUACUGCGUUCACGCUUGGCAACUGGUACCCAAAUCCCGCCAUCAAAUCUCCGUGGAUCCCCAGUGCCAUCCACCCAGCCUUCGAUCCCAUGGAUGCCAAUCUCAGUUUCGAUCUUCAGAGCCUCUACGUUGCCGUUCUUUCCAUGGGCGGUUUUGAAUCCGUCGAUCAAUCCCAAAGGUGGGUUCUCGUGGCCAUCAACAUGAACCUUUGGCCCGAAGAAUUCCACCUACCCCGCCUCUUUUAUGUUCGAUAUCUCUAUCAGUACGAGAUAUAUGCCCGUAAAGUCCGCCGUCUCUUUACGGCCCGUAAGCGUCGUGGUAGGGACCCCAGAGAGUACUCGCAGCAAAAGUACAUCCUUGGGUUGGAGGACAACGACCGUGAGGACUACCAUGUUGCCUGUAGGCCAUGGAGCUCAGUCGAUAUCCGUCUUGAGAUCAAGAAGCAGGGCGUCCUUGAUGGUAAGUUGGUCUUAAUAGACUACUACACGAUAUCGCCGGCAAUUCAGUUAUAUGUCACACAGAAGACGUAUCUCGAGGCGACGGAGAUUUUUGAGAAUUAUGCUCACGUUGGCUUGGUACAUUUUCCACGUCCAGAGUCAAUUGGCCCGCUCUCGUCCAUCUCUAAGGACGAGGAACAGCGCGCUCCGAAUCCCAGGAGCGACAGGCACCUCUCCAGUGAAUGCAAAAAAAUAAAAUUCGACAUGAUUAGUCUCAACCGUACCCACAUCUUUGAGACACAUGUUAAAAACGCUCAAGAACCGCUACCAAUCGUGACCUCCGAAGAACUUGCACCAUUUAUGUGUGACGAUGUUGAUUCCGAUGCUAGUGACAAUGACGAGGACUCGGACUGCGGUGAAGAAGCACCGUUACUGGAUGGCAUGGGCCAUGAUCAAGCCCAAUUGGUCGAAAAGUUUGGGUUUGGUCGCCGCCCGCAAAGGAGGGGGAGAAGGAAGACCAAGGCUAAGAAACAGAGGAAACCCACUAAGAUUGAAACCGAAGUUACUGAUGGGCUGACCUUGGCCGAAUGCCUUGACCGCAACCCUUUGGCCACCCCGGUUGACAACCCGGCCUGGAAAACCGAGCUCGUGGUAAAGUUCGGCUUCAAACAACAUACUCAGGACCCGGAAUCACCCAAGGCGGUCGUUAAAGAAGGCAAAAACUAUGAAGAGUAUAUGCACGAAACCGAUCAUAACUCACCUGAAAUCAAACGCUUCUUCGACGAAAGACUCAAGCUUGAAGGCGGGUUCUGGCAAAUGGAACUCGAUAGACUAGAGGCCUUGGAAAGUAGGGUCCGAGGUGACGAGGAGCGCAAACGCCAAAGGUAUUCUAAUACUCCUUCCCAGCCAUGGGACCAAGUCAGUGCCGGCUCAAGAGCAACUCCCGAAAACUGUCAUUCCGGCGAGACGUACAACAGCUCCGACAGCGAACCGGAACUUUUCCGAGUCGUCGCUCCUCCUCCCGGCUUCGGGGAUAUGCCGAUGCCGAUGCAUGCGUAUGCUCAAAGAGUCGCGAAGCACGAACAAAUAACCAUGGUCAAACAGUCGAACCAUUUCCUUCCCCAAAAUAAGCCUUCUAAGGAGACUUCUAUCUACAGAGAGCUUGCAGAAAAAGAUGAGAUCAAGUUGUCUAUGCUGCCGCCUUCUCGUCAGGAACAAAGACAACAGCUGGAGUCCUACUCUACUGGUGAAUUCGCACGUCUCCGCGAGGAAUAUGUCCAGCACGAGAAAGCCGUCUCAGAUCUUUUAGGCUCAGAUACCUACGAUGCACCCUACACCUCUGCUGAUAACCGCUCCUAUCACCGCUCUGGUCCAGGAUUGCGCAAAAAGGCGAGUGAUUCCCGAAAGAUCCUCAGUCUUCCCAAUGGCCAGAGACUUGACAUCACCAAGGUCAAUCCGCAGAACCCACCUUCCUACAAUUACGCACAGCAGUGGCUCCAGGAGCGUGCCACUCCCGACGAUGAUUCAUGCAUCGGGAUUCCGCGGGAGAACCAGAUGACCCUGCAGCAUCACGAGAAUACUGCAAUCAACCACGGGACUCAGCAGAUUGUUGGUAAGAAUAAUUCCGGCGAGGCUCUCGGUACCCCAAAGCGUUCCAACGUCUACCCGACACGCAGCCCCGGGACCCCGAUGUCCUAUACCGCCCAGGGCCAACGUAGUGGCUACAGCUCUCCUACAGUCAACCAACAAUAUACUGGCGUUGGGGCCAGGAACAAUAGUCCCACUGCAGUCAACCAGCAGUACCUUGGCACCAGGAACAUGAACUCCAACCCCACUGUCGUCAUCCAGCAGUUUUCUGGUAUUGGAAACAUGAAUACCAAGGAUACCAAGCUCAAGCUCACUCCCUCCGAGGAUCUGCUCCUCUCGAAUGCCUUCUACAAGUACCAAGUCGAAGUCGACGAUGAUGGUUUGAGGGAUUACUAA